CGUCUCCGCCCCCGCCUCUCCGAGCGGCUCUGGCCUGGAGCUACCUUUGCUGACCCUUAGUUCCCUGGCCCACUUUGGAACCAUGGCCCUGCCGCGAUUCUCCCUGUCCGCGGAGCUGGCCGUGGGCACUGCCGUGGUGGGAGCGGCCUUCGCGACUGGAGUCUUCCUUGGGAGAGGGGGGUCUUGGUGGCUGCCCGCCUCUCGACAGGAGCAGAGGCGACGGCUCCUGCCCUCAGAAGACGACCCCCUAUGGCAGUACUUGCUGAGCCGCUCCAUGCGGGAGCACCCGGCGCUGCGCAGCCUUCGGAAGCUCACCCUGGAGCAGCCCCAGGGGGAUUCCAUGAUGACCUGUGAGCAGGCCCAGCUGCUGGCUAACCUAGCCCGGCUCAUCAAAGCCCAGAAGGCUCUGGAUAUCGGCUCCUUUACAGGCUAUACCGCCCUGAGUUUGGCCCUAGCAUUGCCUGCCACUGGGCAGGUGGUAGCCUGUGAAAGGGAUGCUGCUCCCACUGAGCUGGGAAGACGCUUCUGGAGAGAGGCAGGUGAGGAGCAGAAGAUUGACCUGCGCUUGAGGCCAGCCCUGCAGACCCUCGCCUGCACACCUGUGGGGGUUGGAACCAUGGACAGGAGCAGCACAAUCAGCCUUGCAGAUAAGACAGGGUCCCUCCUCCCAAGGCAGCCAGGCCAGAAGGCUAGCGUGUCCCAAGUAGAUGAGCUGCUGGCUGGCGGGGCAGCCGGGACCUUCGACGUGGCGGUCAUUGAUGCCGACAAGGAGAACUGUAGCACUUACUAUGAGCGGUGUCUGAAGCUUGUUCGGUCUGGUGGGAUCAUCGCCAUUAGCAAAGUCCUAUGGAAUGGGGAGGUGCUCAACAAGUCACAGAAGGGUGCUGCUGAGUGUGUUCGGGAUCUCAAUGAAAGAAUCCUAAGGGACUCCAGGGUCCACAUCAGCCUCUUGCCCCUUGGAGAUGGCCUCACUUUGGCAUUCAAGAUUUAGGGGACCUAGAGGGACAGACUAGGUGGCAAGGCUGGCAAUUCUAUAUUGGUAGAAGAGCUCACAGGACAAGUUUUUUAAACGACAAUUAAAAGGAAGGAUUAGGACCCAAGAACCCUCUGAGACUCCUGUGUGCUUUUCUCCCCAUGUCCCAGGUUAGCAGGCAUUCAAUGGCAUUUAGAUUCCCCAGUAGUUCUGGGAAAAGAAAGGUUUGGAGCAAUUCGCAACCCCAAUUCAAACCUAAAUAUUUUUGGUUUUCAGCUAAGUGGACCCACAAUGGUGGCAUAUUUUAUCUACUAUUUCUGAAGGAAUGACAUUCAACAGCUAAGAUUAAAACCCAGGUGUUCAGAAUGAUUUUCUUCAUACAUGGGCAAAACUAAAGAUAGUUUGAACCACCCAUUUUGGAACAUAUUCCUCAGAUAUUUACAUGUCCCUUUGCACACCUCUCCAAAACCUUAGCAGGCUCUGAAGAGGUGUAGAUACUUACUCCAUCCUUGUAAAUAGCAACAGGCAGUUUAACAUGGUAUGUCGGGAUUUUAACCUGGGUUGUCUUUACUUACAUGACCUUGGACAGGUCCCUUCACUGUCCAAAGUGUGUAAAAUGAGAGCUUGGGGAUUAGAUCAUCUCCUCAAACCCCUUAACAACCAGGAAGACAUACCCCUAACUUUGGUUAAUUGCUAGAAGCCAAGUUUUUUUGCCAGUUGACUUUUACAAUUCCCUUAAGAGAUGGAGUUUUGUCAACACUGAGUUCCCAGGGAAGCUGCUCUCUACCUCCCACAAGCUAUAAGGAGCUUCUUGUUUUUUUUUCUGCCUUUUUUGGUAUUUAACAUGGUGCCUGACAUUUAGUAAACGCCUUACCUAAAGCCAAAAUCAUAAGGCACAGGAAGGAAAUGUGGCAGCACUGCUACUUCUGUGAAAAAAAGCAUUCAGAAACUUUUCCUGCCUUUCUACAGGUGGUAGGUAAAAAUAAACCCCAAAUUAACUAGCUUUAGUGUAUCUUCCCCAUCUGACACUAUUCAUAUAUGCAAUUGUGCAAGAAUUUACACAGAAUUUCAUUUCUGUAGUGCUUACUAUUAAUUUCUGUGUUUGCCCUACUUGUGUAAAUUCUAAACAUCAGUGGUUUUCAAAGGGUUCAAAAAACCCUUCGGGGGUAUGUUUAAGAUCAAAACUGGUUUCUUCAUAAUACUGUCAUUUUAAUUUCUAAUAUGGCAAAUGUCAAAAAACAUAACCUACAUAAACAAGAGAUACAGAGCAGGAAAGAGGGAAUCCUUAUUAAUUUUUGAGUUUUAAAACCAUGAAGUUUACACCUGUUGUUAAUAGAGGGGAAGUUGUGAGCCUCCCCAAUCUUUUUUUCACUCAAAGCACUCAUCUCCAUUUUUAUGGACGGCUUCAAUAUGCAGAUACAGAGCUACCCACCUCAUUUUCUAUCUGGAUGGCUGCAGUGUUUGUAGGUAUUUAUUUCCAAGUUAUGAACCAUUUCUUAAAGCCUAGCUUAGUCCACCUAAACUACUCUUAAAAUCUUCCCCCUAGUUAAUAAUAUACUAUUUUGUGAACUUCUUACAAGUUACAGUAGUACUGGUCACUCUUUUCAGACCAAUGCUAUGAUGAAAGUGCAUUAGAAAAGGGGAAAUAUCAAAGAAUUCUGACUGGUGUGGUCUCUGAUCCUCUGUCACAUCAAGCUCAUUUAACAAACUCUUCUAUUCCAUCUCCUGAAGUGAUCCGCCAUAAAUAGGAGUUUUUUCUUUGUCCUCAAAUUACUUCUUAAGGCUUCAUGUGCUCUUUUAUGAAGCUUUUUUAACCAGGGGUCUUUAUCAUUUUCUAGACCUUAAGUGGAAAAAUAAGAUUCAGAACAUAAUCAAGAGUGAAGCCUAUACUGCACCUUCUUCCAGCCGGGCCACUCAUCAACAUGGGGAGCCCUGAUUCUACUCCAUACAGAGAGCACCCCUACCAAGACAAUAUCCCUAUCCCAGUCAAUGUUUAAACAGGCUUUGGUAUAGAAACUUGCCAAGCUUUGUUCAAAUAGAAACGUUAUGUUGCUCAUUACCCAUACAUCUCUGAAAACAAGCCCUGAUAUAUUUAUCAUGGAUACCUUGUGGCAUAAAGUAUCAUAGUAUUUACAGGGAUCCUUAGUAGUUAUCUAGUCUAAUAUUUUUAAUUUUAAUAAAUGAGGAAACUGA